AUGGCCGACGCAGAUCCGAUUUCUGAGCCCACCGUCGGGUUCAGCAUGAUUCCUUUAGUCGGCGUGGCCACUGGCUUGGUGUUGCUCGUUUCUGUGGUUGUAUCGAAGCUGCUGUUCUCGGCCCCGAGGCUGAGUAUGCCCCCGACUCCGAAGGGCGUUCCUCUCUUCGGGACCAUGCUCAAAACUCGAGGCCCGAGAACUCACAGAAUCCUGAUAGAAAUUGCCAAGGACUUCGGACCUCUGUACGCGCUGAAGACGGGGUUGAAGUAUUUCAUCGUCAUCAGCUCUCCGCAGAUCGCGUAUGAGGCCCUGAUCAAGGAAGGGCAGCUGUACGGGACGAGGCCGAAGCUGCUGUCUCGCCUGAACUUCACGGGCUGGAGGAGUGUGAACUCUGCCCUGUACGGGCCAUACUGGCGAGGAAUUCGUAAGAACUUGGUGUCGCAGGUGCUGUCGGCGUCCAAAGUCGCAUCGUUCGCCCCGUUUCGCGAGGAGGAACUGAACAUUCUGAUCGAAAGGAUGGCGAGCGAGGCGCGGGAGAAUGACAAUGUCAUCACAUUGCUGCCGCACUGCCGCUUCACGGUGUUCAGCAUUCUGCUUCACGUCUGCUUCCGCAAGCGGUUUCCCGAGGAGGAUGUGAAGAAGCUCGACGCGAUUCUGAAGCGGCUGCUGCAAAUUCUGGCUCCGCAGGUGAUCGACUUCCUGCCCUUCAUCCAGGCAUUCUCCAAGAAGCACAGGAACGAGUGCCAGCAUUUGCUGGGCCGCAUGAGGGCCAUCUUCCAGCCGCAGAUCGACGAGCACCGCGAAUUACGAAGGAAGGGCACUCCCGUGGGCGAUUACGUGGACUCGCUCAUCGUUCUGCAGACGGAGAUGGGACUCGUCGACACGGACAUCCUCGGGCUGAUCGGCGAGGUGCUCACCGGCGGGACUGACACCACUGCCAACCUGAUGGAAUGGACCAUGGGCAAUUUGUUGACGCAUCCGAAGAUUCAGACGCGGCUGUACGAAGAGAUCCGCAGCGUGACCGGGGGCCGCACCGUGACGGAGGCUGACCUGGAGCAAAUGCGCUACCUCCAGGCCGUGGUCAAGGAAGCUCUGAGGAAGCACCCGCCGCUGCCGCUGGGCAUCACGCACGGGGUCACGCAGCGCACCAAGCUCCGGGGCUACGACAUUCCGGAAGACGCGCUGGUGCUCUUCCACAUCCAGGCCAUGCAGAACGACCCCCGAGUCUGGAAGGAGCCCCAGCUCUUCAACCCCGACCGCUUCCUCAACGACGACCCCAACUUCGACAUGACGGGCUCCCAUGGCCCCCAGAGCCUCCAGUUCAUCCCGUUCGGCGCAGGCCGCCGCAUCUGUCCCGGCAUGAGCCUGGGCCUCACCCACGCGCAUCUCAUCCUCGCCCGCCUCAUUCAAUCGUACGAGUUCACCAAGGUAAACCCGGACGAGGACGUGGAUUUUGAGGAGACUCUGCGCUUCACAAUAGUCAUGAACAAUCCCCUGAGAGUGCGCAUCAAGCCGCGCUCUUCUUAA